CCGCUUAAGUGAACAUUAGUGAAUCAUUUCAGCGAGAAAAGAAACCUUAAUAUCGAUCCGAAUAAAUAUAUAUGUAUACAUAUGUAUAAUUUGUCCUCUUCGAAUCUUUCGAGUGCAAUAACCAGAUGAAUUAAUUGUUUUAACGAAAGUAAGAAGAAAAAGAAAAAAAGAAAGACUUUUCGUCGCUUAUUCGAACUUGUCUUCCAGCAUUUACAUAGAUGAAAAAAAGUUCGAUUAUCAGAGCGUAUCCAUUUAACUAUAUCUACAUACAUACAUAUGUAUAUGUAUGACACUAGUGUACUCGAUAGUGAGAGAAAGCAUUCUUCGUAUUAAAUUACAUGAGAUCGUUAUCGAUCGUUCCAGUCGACGUUAUCGGAUCGUUAUAAUAAAGCGUUCGUUACGAUCAAUUUGGACUCGUUGAUAAUUUUGAAAAAUUAAUAUAACGACGAUGGCGACCUAGUGAGUCGUGUUAGAAAAAUCUAGUCAAAGCUUAUGAAAUGCGAUAAAACACUGUGUAACAAUUCGAUUCCCUCCUUCUAAAAGGAAUAUGGCGUUUUAGACAAAAUUUCAUUGUCGAGUCCAAGCACGAGAAUUCGCUUGAUCUUUGAAAGCAAUUCGUGUAUGAUGAUGCGUCACGGUAAUUCAGAGUUAAAAGAAAAAAAAAAAAAGGAAAAGAAAAGAAAGAGAAAAAGAAGAAAAGUUUUCGUAUGCACAAACAAUACAUAUAUCCUUGGCCUAUCUAAUAUACGCAUUUAUAUCAAAGGAAAUAUGUAUACUUCGAGAAAAUAUAACGACAGACUCUGAACUUCCGUCAUUCCGAUUAUAUAGUGUUACCAAAUGACGCCGAUUAAUUAUUAUAUACCUAAGAAUAAUAAUGCUCUCAUCCUAAUUGAUUCGCACAAAAGCAAACUAAGUGAUCGAUCGUUUAUUCUGAAAGACAAAGAAAUGGACUUUUUGUCCUAGGAAAUUGCCACUCCUUACCACAAUCUAUAAUCUAUUAUCGUGGUCACCUUUAUCUGUAUUUUACAAUCUUCCAUCAAUUUUUAUAGGCAACACCACACUUUGUACUUCCACUAAUUUUAAGAAAGCGUCAAUUUUUGUCGACGUAGAAAUCAUCGUAAGCGCAGCCUACCGGGACAUACGAAUAUACAACAUACGUAUGUAAUAUGUAUGUAUAUAUGUAUGUAUGUAUGUACAUUUACGUACAUAUGUGUUUACCGAUCGAUGAUUAGGAGACUUGUAUCGUUUAUCGGAUAUUAAAGAAAAGAAACAACUUUGUAAGAGAGCUGGGAAAGAAGGAACGAGUCUUUGAAUCAUCGAUUUGUAACGAUUAUACUUAACGACGUAUCACAGACUGAUAUACGCACGGCUCUCACGCGUCUAAAGAGUUCUAAAAUAAUAAUAAUUAUAAUUAUAAUAAUAAUAUUAUUAAUAAUAAUAAUAAUAAUAUUAAUAAUAAUAAUAAUAUUAAUAAUAAUAAUAAUAAUAAUAUUAAUAAAAAUAUAAUAAUUAUUAUUAUAAUUAUAAUAAUAUAAUAAUAACAAUAAUAAUAAUAAUAAUAUUAAUAAUAAUAAUAAUAAUAUUAAUUAUAAUAAUGAAAGAAUAGAAGGUCAGGUAAAAAUGCGACACGAUUUCAGAUCGAGGGUUAACGAAAAAGUGAUUCGAGAUAUGUAAGCACAAAACGUUAAGAACGUUAUUCCGAAUGCUAGCUUUCUCAACACGCAUCAUAUAUGUAUUAUGUAUUUAGUUGUUAAGAGAGGCGAUUGGAAAGAAAAUCUCGCACACACAAAAGAAAAAGAAAAUGACACAACGUUCGGUCCGGAAAGUUUAUUUCGUUCAUUUAAAGUAUUUACGAAUUGUUUUCAGCUCUUAUAUAUAUAUAUAUAUAUACACACACACACAUAUACAUAUAUAUAUGUAUGUAUGUAUGUAUGUAUAAUCACACGAAGAGUUUUACACGAAUAUGAGUGCACGCAAAAAAAAAAAAAGAAAGAAAGAAACCAAAAAAAAGAAGAAUAAAUAAAUAAAAGUUCCUUCGUGAACGUUUCUUCCAAAUAGACGCUAAUCCGAACAAAGCCGAUCGAAAAACAUAUAAAGCCUUGAAAUAUUCAUUAAACCUGCUGAUACGUUAUAUGUGACAGGCAACGUGGGUGACUCAGGCAUUCCAUUUAAAACAUUUCUUAUUUAUAGAAACUUGUACAUAUAGUGCACGCUAUACCAAUUAAUUAUUUAUGCAAAGUGUACAAAACUUGGGUAGCUUAUGAAGGCGUUAUGGAAAAAUUCGUCUACGUAUGCAUAGUGCUUGACCAACGCGAUAUUAAAAUAAAAACAGAGAGAGAGAGAGAGGAAGAGAGGAAGAUAGAGAGAGAGAAAGAGAAAGAGAGAAAACGAGAAAGAGAGAGAGGGAGAGAGGAAGAGAGAGAGAGAGAGAGAGAAAGAGUUAUUUUUGAAAAGUCGACAAAGUUUCGACGAUAAAUAUUUUUGACGAAUUUUUUUGUUCAUCGCUUCAUUAUCGGUACACGCUUCGUGCGACACUUCACAAGGAUAUAUCUACUCGAUAUUAUUACCGUAGAUCAAGAAGUAUUUUUGCUACGUUCGUAAUCUUUACAUGCAUGCGUACAUCCGAAUGAUAUAACGUUUCCAGAAACGCUCUUAUAAGAAAGACAUUAUUCCAUAUCGAUUCUUGAUUUCCCGCUUUGCCUGUAAUAAGCGCACUAUAAAUAUUAUAAACGGAUUCAAGAGAAACCUAGUAUUUUAGGUUUGAACAGCGAAAUGAAAUGAAAUAUAAAAAAAAAAAACGAGGGAUGAUAUCAAUAGGAAAGUUGUAAGAGGGUAAGAACGAAAUGAGAGAGAGAGAGAGAGAGAGAGAAAAGUGAGUAGAUAAAUAGAUAGGUACGUAGAUAGAUAGAGAGAGAGAGAGAGAGAGGAGGAAAAAGAGGAAAAGAGAGAACCGUGUAAAUAUGCUGAAAGUAGUAAAAUAUCGAAAGAAAGCGAGAGACUAAACGCCUCGGCAACAAACAAGCAAUAUUUAGUUCUUAUCAUCUCUCAAUAAAAUAAAGAAUAAACUCCAACCGUAUUUGUACACGCGUGUACAACUCUCGUACAUAUAUUUAAACGACUAUAAAUUAAAAGUUAAUUAUCCUUACACUUCGUAUAUAGUAAAUUGUUACGCAUUUAUUAUCAUUACAAUUAUUGAAUAGGUAAUGCUCAAUUAGCAUUUGUUUCUUAAAAUAAAAAAUAAAUAUAUGGCUGUUGGAUAUUUACAUGAA